AUGGAGGAAAUACAUGAUCUUUUACCCGAAAUAGAGAGGUACACAUGCGUCGUUGACCUAUUUGAGCACGCGGGCUCUCUCACAGAUGCAAUUAAGUUCGUCAAUGAGAUUCCCGCGGAGCCCACUGAGAUGGUCUGGCAGACGCUGCUGAACGAUUGCUGGGUCCAUGGAAAUGGUGGCCUGGGAGGGACCACAGCCCAGAAAAUCCUCUCAGUAAGGACUGAAUAUUCAUAA